CCAUGAUCCGUUCCUUUCCGCCGUCCGUCACUCCGUCACAUGCCCGACAUGUAAUCGUGACUCUUCAUUGGUAUAUACUUCCAAAUUGCCAUUUGGUGCGCCUGCUGGCUAUUCGAUUUUGUUUAUUUUUGUUUCAUCUUCAUGGUUUGAUGGUUCGGUCCUUUUCCCAUUUUUCUGGAGCUUUUUAUCUGAAGCGUAUCUUUGGAUGACAGAGCAAAACUGCUCAUUAUCUGCGCCAUACCCAAUGUUUCUUCUGGAGAUACUACAUGGCAUCAAUCAAGCCCACAACCACACGCUGUAGGAGAACUUUAGAUAUGUGUGACCACACUGUAGAGUAGGUGAGACGGAGUCGGGCAACGCACAGAGACUCUUGCCGUGAUACCGUCAAAACAACACCUGGGAUAGCCAUUCUCCAACGAGCAAAGACCUGUUCGAAUACAGGACCUGAACAGACACUCUGGCACCUCGGGCUAAACAAUUGCGAACCGUCGUUACGGCCUGAACCGGCGGGAAACUCGCUCGAAGCGCACCUUUACGGUCGGCUAUGUAAGCCGGGUCAAGGUACCUGUCGUGCUAUCAUCGAACCAUGGGCCUAGGCAGUAUGACG